CCUUGUGAUUGAGCGCGUUUGGAUAACCUUCCUAUGUUAAGACUCUUAACCACACCUGCAAAGUCCUUUUGGGACCAUGACUAGAUUCCUGUGUCCCACCCAGAAGCUGCUGACUCAGACUCUUCAGGGGAGGAAACUGGGGUACCAUAUGUUUAAGAAAUCAGCUUUGUAGGAAGGCUGCUUCACUGGCAUCCUGUUCCGCCUAGACAGUGAUAUUUGGCAAAGCUUCGGAGAGCAGAAAAAUGUCCACUCGCUGUCACCAAGCUGCUAGUGAUAGUUACCUGGAACUUCUGAAGGAGGCUACGAAGAGAGAUCUGAAUCUUUCUGAUGAAGAUGGCAUGACUCCCACACUCCUAGCAGCCUACCAUGGGAACUUGGAAGCCCUAGAAAUAAUCUGCAGCAGAGGAGGGGACCCUAAUAGAUGUGACAUCUGGGGAAAUACUCCUUUACAUUAUGCAGCCUCCAACGGUCAUGCCCACUGCGUCUCAUUCCUGAUCAACUUUGGUGCCAACAUCUUUGCUCUGGACAAUGACUUACAGUCUCCACUGGAUGCUGCUGCCAGCAGAGAGCAGAAUGAAUGUGUUGCUCUUCUGGAUAAGGCUGCCACUGCCCAGAACAUCAUGAACCCCAAGAAAGUCACCAGACAGAAGGAGCAGGCUCAGAAGAAUGUCAAGAAGCAGAUCAAAGAGUGUGAGAGGCUCCAGGAGAAGCACCAAAAUAAGAUGGCCCGCACAUACAGCAAGGAGGAAUCUGGGACUCUUUCUUCUGCCAAGGGAACUUUCACUAGGUCAUUGCUUUCAAAUGCUUCUGCUUCUAACACAUUUGGGUCACUGUCUAAGGGUAUUAAAGAUACCCUCAAGCUUAAGUUCAAGAAGAACAAAGAUACAGCAGAGCAGUUAGGGAAUGAGAGCAGAAGUGGACAGAAGAAUGUGAUAGAAGUGUUCAGAGAGGAUGAGGAAGAUGAAUUCUCAGGGGACUUCAUAGAGAAGCUCCAGUUGUCUGCAAAGGGGGACAGCUGUAUGCAACACGAAUCCAUUCUCAACCGUCCAGGUCUAGGAAAUGUUGUUUUUGGAAGGAAUAGAAUAUUCAGCCCUGAAGACAUCUCAGACAGCAGGAGAGAGCUGGGGCUUACAAUACCCAGUGAACUGUUUCAGAGACAAGGAGAAGCUGAGGCUGAUGAAGAGGGAGAGGAAAACAACCAUGAAGGUGAUCUGCCCUGGGAUGAGGAUGAAGUGGAAUGGGAGGAAGAUGUGGUUGAUGCUACUGCCCUGGAAGUGUUCUUGCAGUCCCACUACUUGGAAGAAUUCCUUCCUAUUUUCAUGAGAGAGCAAAUUGAUCUGGAAGCUCUGCUGCUUUGCUCUGAUGAGGACCUUCAGAGCAUACACAUGCAGCUGGGUCCCAGGAAGAAAGUUCUUAAUGCCAUAAAUAGAAGGAAACAGGUGCUACAACAGCCUGGGCAGUUGGUUGACACCAACCUCUGAUGGAGUGUUGGGUCAAUGGGGUGAGUCUGUAGAGGUGGGGGUGAUGCUGUGGCCCCCUGGAGAUAUUCCAGGCAAUACCUACUCUAUACCCAAUACCAGACUACUGGAUUUCUAGGGGUUUGGAGGUGUCCACCUAAGAGAGAAGCCCAAAUUCUAUUCUGAGAAAUACUCUGUACCUAAAUUCAUAUAAACCACUCAAGGAGGUAAGACAUGGGAAUAAGGAAAUGACAUUUCUCUUCAAUUGUCUUUUUGAUAUUUUUGAAUAUAGAAAGGAUUGAAUGGAUGACAGAGAAUAGAAAAGACUUUAUUUCCUAACUCUGAACUUAAAAUUAUAGUCUCCAAUCACACUAGCUGCUGCCUAAUUUCUGAUCCUUAGCUCCAUGCCUUUACCUGUUGAUGGAAACUAAAAUUCCUCCACUGGCCUGUGGCUUGAUGCCCAACUUGAAUGUGUCUAACCCCAAUCAGUAGAUGUUUACAUGUUUACAAGGAAUAGAAAUGGGUCUGUAACAUUCCUACUUGGGAACAGAGAGAAUGUCAGGUAGAGAGAGAGAUGAAAUAGAAUGUACGGUACCUGUAUGGACUAAUUUUUGUCCUUCCAAAAUUUAUAUGCUUAAUUUCUGAUCUUGAGUCUAGGGAUUCUAACUCCAGUCAUCCUGUGAAGAGGUAGACACACUGGCGAUGUGCUUGCAUCGCCAUGUGAAGAGAAAGAAUAGGCCAUGUGAAGAUAAAGCAAGAAGGCAGUUAUCUGAAAGCCACAAAAGGAAGCCUCAAGAGAAACCAAACUUUUUAACUGUUUUAUCUUGGACUUCCAUCCUCCAGAGCUAUAAGAAAAUAAAGUUCUGUUGUUUAAGCCACCCAGUCUGUGAUAUUUUGUUACAGCAGUCUUAGCAGAAUAAGAUCAUCCUUAAGACAAGAGAGACAGGGAGUGGAAAAUAAAAAUACAGAAAAGAGGAUUAGAUGAUUUUUAGAUGGUUAGAUGAUUUUUUCCUAAGCCUAAGUGCCUCCUGAAACUUAAAAAGGAAAAAGAAAUCUAGGUUCUUUGUUGGGAAAAUUCAAUUGU